AUGGUUAGGAUUCGACGGACCCGCGGUGGCGGUGGGAUGUUGGCUCUUCUUGCCCUGCACGCCGUGAGUGAGUAUUGCCGGAGCGAGAGGAAACCACCAGUCACUGCCGGCCUUUUGGCUGCCAACACCCUGAUUUAUUUGAGGAGGCCUGCCUUACUGGACGAAAUUCUUCCCACACUUGAUCAAGCUUGGUUCAAUCCCCACCUUAUCCUCAAGAACAAGGAUUUGAAGCGGUUUUUUCUGUCGGCAUUUUACCACAUUGGUGAACCUCAUCUGGUGUACAACAUGCUUUCGCUUUUAUGGAAAGGCAUCCAGCUGGAGUCUUCAAUGGGAAGUGUAGAGUUUGCAACUAUGGUGGCGGAAUUGCUGGUCAUGUCUCAGGGCAUCACUCUUAUAAUGGCGAAAUCACUCUUGAUGUUUUUCGACUAUGAGAGAGCCUAUUACAAUGAAUAUGCGGUUGGGUUUUCAGGGGUCCUUUUUGGGAUGAAAGUUGUGCUGAAUUCCCUGUCUGAUAACUACACAUAUGUGCAUGGCCUACUAGUACCUGCUCGUUAUGCUGCUUGGGCUGAACUCGUGUUGAUCCAAAUGUUUGUUCCAGGUGUCUCUUUUCUGGGGCACCUGGGUGGAAUACUUGCAGGCCUUUUCUACUUACGUUUAAGAUCCUCUUAUUCAGGUCGUCCUGAUCCACUCACCAGAAUCGUGAGAGCUGUUUGCAGUUUGUUCAGUUGGCCGUUGAGGUUGUUUAGGUUCCGACAAAGAAGACGAAUUGGAGGGAGAGGAACUGUUGGUGGUUCUCUGUCUGAGUCUCAAAGAAGAAUGUCAUCAUAUGUUUGGAGGUGUAGAGCAUGUACCUAUGAUAAUUCAGGUUUGUUAAGUAGCUGUGAAAUGUGUGGGACGAAUCGUGACAAUAUUGAUGAUGAUAGUGGAACCUCGCCUUCUUUUGAGUUAUCAGGUCAGACAAAUGACCUCUCUCUAGAUGAAUUACGUCUUCGAAGAGUUCAAAGAUUUGCUACAUAG